AUCUGGAGCUGCCCUGUGUAGGCCAUUAGGCCUCUUGCAGUCUCCCCAUGUUCUUAAUAUUUCAGGCAGACGUCCGGGAAGGCAGCCACAAAAUGGUGAAUCACGCCAAGUUCUUCAACGCAGACGCCAGGCGGAGAGAGCACCCUUACCUCGUCCGUCUGAGGCUGCCGUCUGAAAAGUUACACCAAAGCGUCAAUCUCGCGAGCGGCUUGCCUUGCCCGGCUAACUUCCCCUUCAAGGAGGCCACGGUCACGCUGCACAGCGGGGAGGUUCUGCACAUUUCGCCGAGACAGAUGGAGGUGGCGAUGCAGUACGGAACGGUUGGCGGAUUGAAUGAGCUUGUCACACAGCUGCGAGACAUGGCCACGAAGCUGUUCAACCCGCCUCACAUGGACGAGAGAGGUCUCAUCGUGACUGGCGGGGCCGCUCACUCCGCCAACCUCAUCCUGCAAACCUUCGUAGAGCCCGGAGACUACGUGUUCGUGCAGGAGAGUUCCUAUCCAACCAUCCUGGACACUCUCAGGCCGACGGACGUGAAGGUGGCGUCCGUCCCCAACGACAGCGAGGGCUUGCGAGCUGACCUGCUGGCGGAGGCGCUGAGCAAGACGCCCGCUGCCCGCCGCAAGCUGCUGUACGUCAUCCCCAACGGUGACAACCCAACAGGCAUUACGAUGAGCGAGAAGAGACGAAGAGAGAUUUACGACGUGGUGUGCAAGUACGACCUUCUCAUUGCCGAGGACGACCCCUACUACUUCAUCUACUUCGGGGCAAAGGUGACUGAGGGAGGGUAGGAGAUGGUUCAUGCCACUGUCUUUUACCUAGUUUACU